AAAGGGAAGGUGGUGCUGGGGACCUGUUGGAAAUGACGGGAGAAGAAAUCGGAUUUCAAUAUAAAGACCGAAAUAGUAAGCCUGGAAGAUCGCAAAGAAACUUCACCAGAUCUGCGUGCUAAGGGGUGUGAAUCCCCAUGGAGACCCUGAUGAGUGCGGUGGCUCCCCGGUCCCCGGCCCCGGUGAAGAACGCCUCGGCGGUGGACUUCCGGUCGGGGGUCAUGCUGGAGCAGCUGUCGGCCCAGGUGUCUGAGCUGGUCACCCUGGAGCAGGGGGACUUCGGGGACCAACUGGCCCUGGAGGUCCACACGGCCAAAGACUUUAUCUUCAACAUGCUGGGACUAGUACAGAAGGUGGACCAGCGUCUUCCAGUGGCCAAUGAGUACCUGCUCCUGUCUGGGGGUGCCAGGGAGGGGGUCCUGGACCUCAACCCAGAGGAGCUGGGGGACUACGCCAAGGGGGCUGACUUCGACCUGGACUUCACCCUCCUGGUGCCCGCGCUCAAACUCCACGACCGCAACCAGCCCGUCACCCUAGACAUGCGGCAGUCGGCUCCCUGCCACUCCUGGCUGUCCCUGCGUCUCUGCGACCCCAACACUCUGGCCAGGUGGAGCAUCUGCUGCCAGGAGGAGAAUGGAUUACCCCCCGAUGAUGAGGAGGAGGAGGAGGAGGAGGAGGAAAGGGGAAUGGGUCACCAAGCCUCUGGUGCCGUUCCCCCCUCUCUCCAUUCCCCCCACCAGUCUCUGGAUGGGUGCUACUUCUCUCCGGCGCUGGUGGCUGACUGGUUCUGGGGGGUGGUGGGUGAGGCGGUGGACGAGCUGAGACGUUCCCCCCAGAGAGGCAUCCCCAUCCCGGAGAGGCUGGAGCGCAACGGGCCCCUGACCACCCUCAUUCUCCAGGCGGGGUCCAGCCGGGUGCUCUAUGACCUGCUGCCUGUGGUGUCCUUCCGGGGCUGGCCUGCCGUGGCCCAGAGCUGGCUGACGGCCAACCACUUCUGGGACGGGAAGAUCACGGAGGAGGAGGCCAUCUCUGGGUUCUACCUGUUGCCCUGCCCAGCCCCGCUGGGGGGGAGGCCCGACCGGGAGUGGAGGCUGGCCUUCUCACGCAGCGAGGUUCAGCUGAAGAAGUGCAUCCCGUUUCCCAUGGCCCAGGCCUUCCAGGCAGCCAAGGCUGUCCUCUCCCGCCUCCUGGCUCGCCCCCGCACUGGCCUCAGCCCCUACCACCUCCGCACCCUCCUCUUCUGGGCCUGUGACCGCUUGCCCCCCUCCUACCUGUCCUCGCCCGACUCCGACACCCCCGCCCGCCUCCUCCUGGGCCUCCUGGAUGACCUGGCCCACUGCAUCUUGGGUAAGAACUGUCCCAACUACUUCUUGCCCCAGUGCAACAUGCUGGAGCACCUGUCGGACAGCCAAGCCCUGCUGGUGGCCCGGAAGCUGGCCCACGUCCGAUCAGACCCCACCGAGCACCUCCGGGCGGCCCUGGACCAGGCACGGCAGGCAGGCCAGCUCAAGAGGGAGGCAGCGGGCGCCACCAAUGGGCAUGGAGGGUCACCUGGCCACGGUUACCCGGCCAGCGGCAUCAUCUCGCCCUCGGACGACAAGCUGGCCGCCAGGCUGCAGCAACUGGUGACAGAAAACCCUGGGAAGUCGAUUUCUGUGUUUCUCAACCCUGAUGAUGUCACGAGGCCCCACUUCCGCAUCGAUGACAAAUUCUACUGACCUGAGGGCCUAGUGUAGUGUUGUGGUAGCGACAUACAAACACACACUCACACACACAAGUAAAAUAGCGGGCCAAAAGUUGGCAAGUCAACCAGGAUGGCUCAAGAGGCGAAACACUGCCGAGCCUUGCUGCUCCCUAUACUGCCCCCUGUUGGAGGCUAACGAUAACGACGCUAACUCUAACGAGUGUUAACAACUCUGCUGUAACUAUAAGACACUACCAAAAAAUCUAUACUGCACACUCCCAAGAAGAGGAGGCUAGCCCUAGAGAAACCAACACUCUUCUAUCGAUUUAGUAGAGUGUGAUGUCAUAAAGAGACCUCACGACAGAAAAAGGCUUGUGAAGUUACCACGGAGACCGACCACUGCUCUUUAUCAAGCUUGCCCUAAUGAGAUGUUUUUUUAGCUGGUGCUACAAAGAAAAGAAAGAAUCGCUUUAGAAAGAAGCUGCUGCUUACAUAGAGAAUGAAACAGUGUACCCUAAGGGUUUAUGCUCUUCUCCUCUCUCUACACUACUGAGAAAAUACUGUAUCCCCCCCCCCACCCCUUUUCUGCCCAAUCAGAGUGGGUGAUAACUGAAUAAGAAAUGGAGAAUCAAGGUACUAUGAUGUAACUGAAUGUAAUUUGGUGUGGGGAGAUGUCUUUGAACAAAGAGUAUUUUCUUUCUUCCCUCUUUCUAUACUUCUUUUUAUCCCUCUUUAUCUCUCGACCCUCUGCCCCUCUAUUUCUUUAACUCCCUAUCUCGCUCUUUCGCUCUCUCUCAGGUAUUUUUAAUGUUUGUUUUCUCUGUGACGCCAGACUCCCUCUGGUAGGGUUAUGGUCUCCCCCAUAUCUAUCUGAAUGGUAUAACCCAGGGCUGUCCUUCCAUUUCAACACUCAUUAUGUGACGGAAGGCACCAAAGAGCCACGCUGGAGGGGUGUUCCGAAGAGACUUUGCUUCUCCAAUCUACCACCUCAUAAGAAAGGUAUCUGUACUCCCUGACCCAGAGUCAGUCUGUACUGUUAACGCUCAUAUUCUCCACCUUUACAAUCCUGACCAACAUGCAGGUCAGAGAUCACCUCAUCAAUUUGCCUUUUAUCCCCUGAAAGCUUGAAGCAGUUUAUCAUCAAAUAAGGGUCAUAUCAUAGGAGCUCUCAACUUAAUUCAGUUCCUUUUUAUUAAAGUCCCUUUUGAAAGUCUUUGAAAUGAUCUUAACAGUGAGAUGUGGUCAUUAAACGCUGUAUGAUAUAGACAGACUACCUGUAAGGAGACAGGUUGGUGAGGAGGAGAGGAGAGGUGUGAGGCAGGGUUAGCUGCUGACACAGUUGGCACACUGCUUGAUUGUAUUCUAAUCUCUACGUUACGACAUUACAGCAUUACAAAACAGCCAUGGCAUGGCUGGCUACAUCAUGUAAUCUCCCUGAGGCUUGUGUAAGGGCUAUUUGCUUUGUUCCACUUUUUUGAUUCAGUCUAGUGUGUGUGUGUGUGUGUGUGUGUGUGUGUGUGUUAAGAUGGGGAGGUUUGUGGUUGAAACAAAAGAAAAAGCUUUUGUAUUGUGUUGUCUCAGAUUUUAAUUGUAAGAGACUUGACUGGUUUUUGUGCUGGUCCCUCUUCUGCUUGGUUGGCCUGUUUUAAUAAGGUGUGCGUUUUGAUUAUUGGAUGACUGAUCAAGGUCUUUAAAUGUGCUGAUGUAAUGAGAGGGAGAGAUCCAGAGAGAUGGAACGGGAACAAAUGCGCAGCAGGACUCAAUCACCCAAAUGUGCUAGCUACCCAUUCUACACCCCCAUCUCUUUCUGUGUGUGGGGGUCUUGGGGGCCCUAUCUUGUCUACCCAGAUGUGUGCUGUUAGCGGGGGGGUGGAUAGAGGGAUGGAUGGGGAGACGGGCCAGCCGCCGGCCCUUUGUAGAGAUGAGCGCUAAAGGAUGGGGCUCCUGGGAACUGGGACAGCUGCUUGUCUCUCUCCCUUUCUCUUUUUUUCUCUCUCUAUCCGCCCUCCGUACUGCUCCCAUCUCUCUAUAUACUGUAUUUAUGUCUCUCUCUCUCCUGCUUGUUGAAUAGUAUUAAUGAAAUAUCAUGGUGAACAUGAACGUUCGUUCGCACAAUACACUAGAGGUCAAAGGAAACUGUUAUUUGGAUUCUAUAGAAUUCUAUGUUCUAGAAUCGCGGUACUACUUUAAUGGUGCUGCGUGUAUUGGUACUACUUGUAUACAUCAGUAUUGCUAUUCAAACAGCUUCAGUUAGUGGAGCGAUUUAGGAACUACUAGUAAAUUGUGCGGGCACUUCUGUUCUGUAUAGCCUUGGUAGAGGUGACUAUGAAUCAGGACACCUUGACAAACCAAAGCAUGUAGUGAUGGUUAUGAUACAGAAGAAUGUAGACCCAGACGAUAGUUAAGUGUGGGUAUGUAAACUCCCAAGUAUCAGAUGUGUGUGAUCCUAGCACUUUCAAGGUGGGGGCCUUCGACACACCACAGCCCAAUGUUGUGGUGAUGUUGUAAGAAUGUUUGUGAACGUUGCAAGAAAAUGUAUCAACGUUGUCAGGACGUUUUUGAGGUGUCCUUUUUCUCUUUCCUGAAUGUUCCCCUACGUUUUAAACACACCAUAGUCCAACGUUGUGGUAAAGUUGUUUGAACGUUGACAGACUUCCUGAAUGCUCCCAUAAAGUUUUAAAUCCAGUGCUGUUUGAAAUAUGCACUGUCAGGAGUAUCUCUCAUGAUGUACCUUAAUCUGCCUAGUUAGUGGGCAUAGAAAUAGUAUGAUGUUUGAAUCAAUAUUUAGCCUCUAUCUGUGAAAAAUUGAAACACACUUUGAUCUUGGUGUAAAUUAUCAAUAAAAAAAGUGAAUGGCAGCAGUUUUUAUGCAAUUCUGUACCCAAACUCACUUCUAAUGGACUGUCUGCUGCAGAAAGAGCUGUUGUUCCCUUUUUAUCUUCAAUAAUUAUCAUGUUUAUUGUGAAGUUUAAAAGUAUAUGGAGAAAUCAGUUAAUUCUGCCCAGGGUUUAUAUAUCUAUAGAAUAAGAAAUGUGUGUUCAAUGAUAUGACAUUAUCAAACAUUCAGACAGCCUUCUCCCAUUGCUUUCUUGUUUGAAAUCUGAUAUCAUAGAAACUUCGGAGGCAAUGUGUUGUCACUGUACUGCUGAAACUACUAAACGUUAUAUUAUUUUGUCCUUAAACUACUGAUAAUUGUUUUUGAUUGAAAAUAAAUAAAUCAUGUAACACA